AUGGCCUACGCUACCGCGACCUCACCUCCGGCCAUGGAUGCCGACCCCCAAACCACCUUAAAGCUCACCACAUCUCUUCCUCGAUCCACCUCCCUACAUCAUGUCGUUACCUCUCUACCCCCUUCUGGUCCGACUCCUUCUUCAGCUCCUUCCUUCACCUCCUCACCUACCUCUACCCCGGUCUCCAUCUACCCAGGCCCGGGUACACCGAAUGCCUUCACCCCAGCCGGUACUCCUCUUCAACCUCCCAGUGAGGGCCCUCGUGGUCGAAUUUAUCCCCUUCCUCUUCCCGCUCCUCUCGAACUUGGCGAAUCCAUGAUGGCAGUUCCCGAGACCAUCAACCUCAAUGGCAAUGGCGUCAAUGACCCAUCCAUGUCUAGCUCCAAAGCUCCAGGCUUGAUGCGGCGAAUCUCCCGAGGUGCCGCCAGCAAACUGACAAGGAGAAGGCAAUCCGCCACGCCGAACGACAAGCGAGACCGGAGCUCCGGCCCCGUCAUCAUGCGUCGAAGGAGUGACAGCAAGAACGGGGCUCAAACCGCCCGAGAUAACGCCCUGGAGUCUAGCAAUGAGGAUGACUCCAUUGAAGCCUUGGACGGACUGGGUGCUUGGGCUGGCUCGGAGCCAUCAAGUCUUCGAAGUGAAAGCCGUAUGAUGUCGGCUCGCGAAUUGGUUGCUACUGCCGGUGGUGCUGUCGCUCCCAAGGUGGACUCCGCCGUACAACGCGGAACCAUCUUGACCAAAGUGACGAAGAAGCACCGCAAGCAAGUUCGUUUCUUCUUGGAUCUCGACGCCGCAAAGGUCUUCUGGGAUGUCUCUAAUCCCGCCAAGCGCUUUUACAUCGACGAUAUCAAGGAGAUCCGCGUUGGUGCAGAUGCCCGCAACUACCGUGAAGAACACCAGAUCCCCGAGGAUAUCGAGCGUCGAUGGUUCACCAUUGUGAUUGCGGAUUCGGAACGCUUCAAGGGCCGUGCAUUCAAGACGCUGCAUCUGAUUGCUCCCAAUGACCACAUCCUCGAGUUGUGGACCACGACUCUGGAGCAUAUUUCUCGAUACCGGAUUGGCUUGAUGGCUGGUCUGGCUGCCUCGGCCCAGAGCGACUCCGUUCUUCAAGCUCAUUGGCAGCGCGAGAUGUCGAGGCUGUUCCCGCAGGGCCUUCGUCCUGGUGAGGAGCAAAGCCUGGACUUUACCGCCGUUGAGAGUGUGUGCCGCAGUCUGCACAUCAACUGCUCUAAGAAUAUGCUUCGAGCUCAAUUCUCCAAGGCUGACGCUGGUCGCAAUGGCCGGCUGUGUUUCUCCGAAUUCAAGGACUUUCUGGCGCGACUGAAGGAGCGGAAGGAUGUCAAGGAAAUCUACAAGAGCCGUGCGGAGGAUCACAAGACUGGCUUGACUCAGGAAGAGUUCUUGAACUUCCUGCGCGAUGUUCAGAAGGAGGAUGUUGAAACUGAUCGCGCGCACUGGGUUGCUUUGUUCGAGAAAUUCGUCAAGCGAUCGAGACCUCGUCUGUCUAAUGCUUCCGACAUCCCCGAAGUCGCCACGCCUCCUCCUACUCUCAUGAGUCUCGACACCUUCUCGGCUUUCCUGGCUUCCCCUAACAAUGGAAUCUAUGCAUCCAAGGCUCCUCAGUCACGUUUUGAUCGUCCAUUGAACGAGUACUUCAUUUCCAGCUCUCACAACACUUACUUGUUGGGCCGCCAAGUCGCCGGGGCCUCGAGUACCGAGGCUUACAUUAGCGCGCUCCAGCAGGGAUGCCGUUGUGUGGAGAUCGACUGCUGGGAUGGUGCUGACGGGCGUCCAAUCGUGUCUCACGGACGGACCAUGACAACUAGCGUUCUCUUUGCGGAUUGUAUCACAGUCAUCAACCGAUAUGCCUUUAUCUCCUGCGACUUCCCUCUUAUCCUUUCCCUUGAAGUGCACUGCAAUCCCGAGCAGCAGCAGGCAAUGGUUAAGAUCAUGAAGGAUACUUUCAAGGAGCAGCUCAUCCUGGAGCCUUUGAUGACUAACUGUUACAUUCUGCCCUCGCCCGAGGAGCUCAAGGGCCGCAUUUUGGUGAAGGUCAAGACUUGUGAUGAGACCCCGCUCGACCCUCGCCAGGAUACGGUGAGCUCCGUCGGUACUCAUGGUCGCAAGCGCAGUGCUAGUUCGCCAUUUGUUCGCCCAACUCCUCCUCCCGACAUGACUCUCUCCAGCACCAUGCCCCUUCCAUCGCUCUCGAGCCCGCCCUCGAUUGGUUCUGUGGACGGCAUCGGUCCAUUGAUUUCCCAGGACAGACGUUCACUCACCGCGACCAGCAUAAGCAGCGCCACCGAAGACAGUGACGGCGCUUUGGUUUCCAUGCACAAUGAGAAGAAGAAGCGUCGCCGUCAGAAGAGCAAGAUCACCAAGCCCCUUUCGGACCUUGGUAUUUACACUCGUGGCUACAAAUGGCACAGCUUCUCCUCCCCGGAGAGCAGGAAAUACAACCACGUGUACUCGUUCGCUGAACGCGCCUUCGAGAGUAUCUGCCAGAACCACGACAACAAGGUCUCACUCGAAGCUCACAACCGGAAAUAUCUCACUCGUGUGUAUCCCUCCGGCUUCCGCCUUCGUUCUUCCAACUUCGACCCGAACAAAUUCUGGCGCCGUGGCGUGCAGAUGGCUGCGCUCAAUUGGCAGACCUACGAUAUUGGUAUGCAAAUGAACCAAGCCAUGUUCGCGGCUGGAACCGAUCGUACCGGUUAUGUCCUCAAGCCUGAGAGCCUCCGUAUUCCAAUGUCGGACUUCGAGGGCGCGAAGCGAAAGAUGGAGCGGAAACUGGUUCGAUUUGCGGUUGACGUGAUCUCAGCGCAGCAGCUCCCGCGACCUCGUACUCUUGGUCCCGAGGACAGCAUCAACCCUUACGUUGAGAUUGAGAUGUUCAGUGCUGAUGACCGUGGUCAGAGUCUGGUCUUUGGCGAGGGUGGCAUGGAUGCUUCUGCGCGAAAUGGCAUGUCCGGUAUUGGAUAUCCGCACCGCCGGCGCACCAAGAUCGAGCCAAGCAACGGAUACAGCCCCGUCUUCAAUGAUCGUUUCAAGCUUUCCUUGGAGACCAAGUAUCCCGAUCUGGUCUUUGUUCGAUGGACUGUCUGGAGCUCCCUGGACGGUCGCAGCGCCGGAAACAACAACAGCGUACAACUGGCUACCUUUACUGCCAAGCUCACCAGUCUCUCUCAGGGCUAUCGCUACCUGCCUCUGUACGAUGGCAGCGGUGACCAGUACCUGUUCUCGACAUUGUUCUGCCGCAUCUCCAAGGAGGACCCCGUUCCCGUCCAGCGUCUGGAUUUGGAAGAACUCCGUGCCGAGCGCAUGGGCAUCUUCCGCCAGAUUGGCCAGUCUGUCUUCAAGCGCUCGUCGUCUACUGACCGUGAAAAAGAUCAAUCUGCAGAUCGCAGUGAUCCCGUCAGUCCUGAGGAUAAGGAUUGCUCUCCAACCCUCACCCCGACCGUCUCCACUACGUCUACCUCUUCAUUCCUGCAAUAA